GGAAGCAGUUUCCUUAGUCUGCCCGGCAGCUGUCAUGUUAGCCCAUUUUCAGGGAAUUUUCUUCCAGGGGGCUAUGGCAACCAAACUGGCGGAUGAUUAUUACCAGGAACCCAUAUCAAUUGGCAUAAAGGCAAUGUUGCAGAAAGCACUAGGCAAUGGUGGGUGUUGGGCCACCGCCUACUGCCCUUGGGUUGUAUUAGUACAUUUUAGAUCUUCAGCAACUGGUUGCAUGUGGCAGAAGUUUUAUCCAAAAUUUGAGUGGAUAUUUGAUAUGCAGUUCAACUGCAUUAAUUAAAUAGCUUAAUUCACCAUUCUUUAUGUUACAGCUUGUGGUUGCCUGGCUGAUGAUAAAAUACUAAACCAAUUUUUAACCAUAAACUACUGACAAAAAUGUAAAAACUACUAGAUGUGCAGCACAAAGGAAUCCUUGUUAUGGUGUGUCAGCCGUGUCAAGUGAAAGUUAAGUGGUCCUGAUUGUUCAGAGAUAUUGUACUCGUACUUCUAGUUUGAAUAAUGAUAAGCCUGUACC